AUGUCAGAUUCAGAUUCUUCAUCAACAUCAUCAAUUGAAGAACCAAUUACAAAAAAACCAAAAUUAGAACAAUUCCAAACUUUUCUUCAACAAACUCCCCCAACAUUAAUAUCAAAAAAUCCAUUAGUUUGGAUAGAUUGUGAAAUGACAGGAUUAGAUAUUUUUGGAGACGAUCGAAUUAUAGAAAUUUGUUGUUUUAUAACAAAUGAAAAAUUAGAAAUUAUAGGAGGUGAAACAAAUUUUUUUGAAAGUACUAUAUAUUAUCCAAAAUCUAAAUUAGAUAAAAUGAAUGAAUGGUGUUUAAAAACUCAUGGAGAAAGUGGAUUAAUUGAUAAAAUUUUGUCGAAUCCAAAUUUAACAUUAGAUAAAGUUUCCCAAAAUCUACUAACUUGGUUAAAAAAAAACAUAGCCGAACCACAAUCUGCAAUAUUAGCAGGAAAUACAAUUCAUAUGGAUAAAUUUUUUAUGAUGAAAGAUUUUCCUUUGGUUGUUGAAUUUUUAAAUUAUAGAGUAUUAGAUGUUUCAUCAAUAAUGGAAUUUGGUAAAAGACAAUUUCCUCAACUUAUGGAAUUUCAACCUCCUAAACAACAUUUACAUACUGCUAAAUCUGAUAUUUUAGAAAGUAUUAAUCAAUUAAAAUGGUUUAGAGAUAAUUAUUUUAAACUGAGUGAUGAAAUUGACAAACAAUUGGAAAAAUUAAAAGAAAAGUAA